UGGUGGUGGAUUCAGGGGAGAAAUCUGUCCUGCUGCCCUGCAGAACCAGACCACCACUGCCUAGAGAUGCUAAAGUGGAGUGGAAGGACGGAUCCAACAGGACGGUCCAUGUGUAUAAGAAAGGUUCUGAUCAGCCUGAAGGACAGGCUCAGUUCUACAGAGACAGAACCAAGAUGAAUAAAAACCCACUGAGAACUGGAGACCUCAGUCUGACCCUGGAACACCCCACAGAUGAAGACACUAACGUCUACGCCUGCAUCAUCUCCAGCAGAGGGAGAGAAAUCCUGAAGAAGAAAGAAGUUAAUCUCCAGGUCAAAGUCCCAAAAGUGGUGGUGACUUCAGGGGAGAAGUCUUUCCAGCUGUCCUGCAAAACCAAAGUUCACCUGACUGAAGGUGCUAAAGUGGAGUGGUUGGACGGCAGAGACUGGAAGGUCUAUGUGUAUCGGCCUGGUUCUGAUCAGCCUGAAGGACAGUACUGGUUCUACAGAGCCAGAACCAAGAUGAAUAAAGACCCACUGAAGACUGGAGACCUCAGUCUGACCCUGGACCACCUCACAGAUAAAGACACUGACAUCUACACCUGCACCAUCUACGACAAGGAGAGGAAAAAUAUCCUGAUGAAGCAACAAGUUAAAGUCAAGGUCAAAGUCCCACAGGUGGUGGCAGUGAAUUCAGAGGAGGAGUCUUUCAUGCUGCCCUGCAGACCCACAGAUGACCUGCUUGAAGGUGUUAGAGUGGAGUGGACAGAAAGCAGAGAUAAGAAGGUCCAUGUGUUUGAGAAUGGUUCAGAUCAGACUGAUGUACAGAACGUGUACUACAGCAACAGAACCGAGAUGAAGGAAGACCCACUGAGAACUAAAGACCUCAGUCUGACUCUGAAAUACCUCACAGAUGGAGACAGUAACAUGUACACCUGCACCGUCUACGACAAAGAGGAAAAGAUCCUGAUGAAAAAACAAGUUCAGCUCAAGGUCAAAGGUCAGUGGUAA